CAAUAAUAAUAGAAUUAAAUGCUCUGUAAUUUAUGUUUUUCAAUUUCGGCUGGUGGAUCCUAUAAAGCAGAGAUUUCAGUGCUGUUGUCCAUCACACUGCUGAGUUUUACUCUCCUUCUUCAUCUUCUUCAUCUUCUUCAUUUUCACUUUCUCUCUCCAAAAAAAACUCUCCUUCUCUCUCCCCAUGAUCUCUCCGAUUCCCUUCUUCCCUCAAGCAUCUGUUCUUUAAAGCUCCUUUCUUUAGAUUGAUUCUUCUCAUAAAAAAGCAAUCUUCCUUUGAUUUCUCUCUUUUACAUUGUAUAUGAUCUCACCCUCAAAAGAUCAUGGAAGAUAUCUUUAAUCCACUGAUGCCGAUCAAAUUCACUGAACAUAAAUCCGUUUUCAAAAAACCCACCAAAUCAAGAAAACCCACCGACCAGAAUAUCUGGCCGGAGACCAGAGUUGUCAAGAUUUCUUUCACUGAUCCUUACGCCACUGAUUCUUCCUCCGGCGAGGAAGAACACGAUUUGUUCGGUCGGCAAAGGGUGAAAAGGUAUGUCAAUGAAGUAAACAUUGAACCCUUUUCAAAACCAACUCUGAUCAAUCAUACCCGGAAGAAGACCGGAGAUAUUGGCCCCGCUGCCCGGAAAACAGCUAAACCGGCGGUGGCGGUAACUGGAAACGUGAUAAAGAAGUUCCGGGGAGUCAGACAGCGGCCAUGGGGGAAAUGGGCGGCGGAGAUUAGAGAUCCGGCGAGACGUGUACGUCUUUGGCUUGGAACUUAUGAAACUGCUGAAGAGGCGGCGAUUGUUUAUGAUAACGCGGCGAUUAAGUUUCGUGGGGCCGACGCUUUGACAAAUUUCAUCACACCGCCGGCGAAAGUUAAACCGGAGAUUGGUUCAAACUCUGUUUCCGGCGAUGAAUCAGGAACUGAGUCGCAUGUUAUUAACUCACCCACAUCGGUUCUCCGGUUCAUAACAAACUCCGAUGAGAGUCGAUCCAUACCGGAAAUCGAAACUGUUAAACAACCGAUCGUUCCGGUUGAAGAAGUGGAAGUGAAACCGGUUUGUUUUUCCGAUGAACCUGAAACUGGUUUUCUGGCGACUGAUAUACCGUUUAUUGAUGAUUUCUUUAGCUUUGAAUCGCCGGAGCCAUUAUUUUUCGACGACGGUCUGGGUUUUAACGAUGAAAUGGAGAGAAUGCUAAGUGGUCCGAUUUCCGAUCUGGGUUCAUUGCCAAUGGAAGUUGAUGAGUUUUUUCAAGAUUUUGGAAAUGAUUUUUUCGCCAUUGAUCCUCUGGUUUGAUUUUGUUUGUUUUUCUUGUCUUGUCUGUCUUAUGUUGUUUGGCUUGUCGAUUUUUUCGACAAAUUUUGAAGCGUCAAACGACUGAGAAAUUAGUAUUUUUUUUUUUUUUUAAUGCUGAAAUGAGAUUAUAAAUGAAGAAGAAGAUGA